AAAGCCGCAAAAAUUUGGAAGCGUGCCGUGGAGCUCGGGAACGUGGACGCGAUGAAUAAUCUUGGGACAUUGUACGAGUAUGGAAGUGGCGUCAAGCUGGACAAGAAAAAGGCGGAGCGGCUGUAUCGCGCGGCCGCAGAUCGAGGCGACGCGCUCGCGCAAUCCAAUUUAGGGAUUUUACUUUACCAUGAGGAGAGAUUUGAAGAAGCGUUCCGGUACUGGGCGCUCGCGGCGGAUCAAGGCUAUGCCCCUGGAGAGCAAGGCCUUGGCGUGUGUUUCAGGGACGGAGACGGCACGGAAGUCGACCUCGGCAAAGCCAGAUACUGGUUCGAGCGCGCCGCUGCCAAGGGCUACCAGAAAGCUACAGACGAGCUCGCGCGCCUUGACGCGCAAGGUUGGUACGGCCUCGUGAAAUCCGAGAAGAAAGCCGCGAAGAUUUACCGGCGCGCCGCGGAGCUCGGCGACGUGGAGGCGAUGGUGUUUCUGGGGGAAUUUUACGAGCAUGGAAGUGGCGUCAAGCUGGACAAGAAGAAGGCGGAGCGGCUGUAUCGCGCGGCCGCAGACCGGGGCGACGCAGACGCGCAGACCGAUUUAGCGGUUUUACUUUACCAUGAGGAGAAAUUUGAAGAAGCGUUCCGGUACUACACCCUCGCGGCGAAUCAAGGCUUUACCAAUGCGGAGAAUAACCUUGGCUGCUGUUACAGGGACGGAGACGGCACGGAAGUCGACCUCGGCAAAGCCAGAUACUGGUUCGAGCGCGCCGCUGCCAAGGGCCACGAGAGAGCUAUAAAGUCCCUCGCGCGCCUCGACGCGCAAGUAUAG